CGAUAACAUACAACACCGCGCCCCACAGUCCAGGGCAAGCAAGAACGCAACCAUGCCACGCGCCGAGGCAGGAUCCACGAAGCAGCUCAACAAUCAGCUUAAGUCCAAAGGACUUCAACGUUUAAGAUGGUAUUGUCAGGUUUGCGAAAAGCAGUGCCGCGACGAAAAUGGCUUCAAGAUGCACACCCAGUCGGAAUCUCAUGUUAGGCGGAUGCUGCUGGUUGGAGAAGACCCCAAGAAGUUUAUCAACGACUACAGCAACCAGUUCCAGAGAGACUUCUUGCUGCUACUACGAACAUCGCAUGGCGAGAAGCAAGUCCAAAUGAACCACUUCUACCAGGAGUAUAUUGCCAACAAGGAACAUAUUCACAUGAACUCGACAAAAUGGCCAUCGCUCACAGAGUUCGCGAAGCACCUUGGCCGGGAGGGCAUAUGCAGGGUCGAGGAAACGGACAAGGGAAUUCAUCUUGCGUGGGUAGACAACUCGCCUGAAGCAUUACGGAGACAAGAUGCCGUGCGGAAGAAGGAGAUGCAGGAUAAGGGCGACGAGACUCGUGAGCAGAAGCUUAUUCGCGACCAAGUCCGGAAGGCCCGGGCGGAUGCUGAAGCCCGCGGGGUCCAUGACGAGGAUGAAGGCGAUAAGGAACUAAAACGCGUCGAAGGAGAGAAAAUCAAGCUUAGUUUUGGGUCAAAGCCUGCGGCAGUAAAUCCAACGUCAGAAUUAGAGACGCAGGGUUCGGCGACGAAAAGGGAACCAUUGUCUGCGAGCACAGCCACGGCCUCCAACAGCGGAGUGGCGAGUGGAGAUACUACUUUGGCGACGGCCGAAGGUGACAGCACAGCAAACCCUGUCAAGGAAGAUAUUCCAAGCGCCCCCGCCAAAAUAUCACUGCAAAUGGGAUUCCAGAGCAAGCCUAAAAACGUCUUCGCGGCAGCUAAGAAGAAUGCGUUAGGAGGAAAAAAGGUUGCUCAAAUACAACAGCCCAAGAAGAUGAGCGAGGCAGAGCGGAUUAUGAAAGAGGAGAUUGAGCGGAAGAGAGGUAGGGACGGUGGAGGAGGAUUUGGAGGACCGGCCCCGAAGAAGCCAAGGUUUUGAGACCAGAUAUGAUGUGGAUAUGAGGAUAGGCCCAGAUGGACCUAUCCAGGGGCGUUUGUAUUAAUGGGUUUAUAUGGCGUUCAAGAUACCAAGCAUAGCAUUAAUCAUAGAAAACACUCUGGAGUCUUAUUCUUGAAAGAAAUUAGGCUCUAAAAAUCUGACUCCUUAAUCCCA